AGCUUUUGUACCUAGUUCUCCACUCGCAUGAAGGUCACCGUCAUAUGAGAAGAGCCCGUAACAAUCUUUUCUCUUUCACCAACCACCACCAUGUCGGUCGAUCCGCAGCAGCUGUUGGACACGCUCUCGAGCCAAGUUCGCCAAUACGCCGACGUUGCUUCCGAGUUCAUUGAUAAGAAUGUCGACCGCGCCGCUGUAGUUGUCAGAGAGACUCUGUCCACCUCAGAAUGGGUGCCAGAGUCUGUCAGGCCUAAGCCUGCGGUGAAAGAAGUGGUGGCAGUCGUUUCUUUGGGGCGCUUCGAAAGGCUCCAAAACUGGAUUGCCGAGCACAAAAUUUUGACUGGAAUGAUAGUCUUGACCUGCGGAACCGUUGUUUAUAAAGGAUACUAUGAAAGUCGCUCCAUGAGAAAGACAAGACGAGCGAGAAGGGCACGAAAUGGCGGGCGUACUGAUGUCGUCGUUAUCGCCGGAUCUCCAUCUCUUCCUUUGACAAGGUCUUUGUCUUUGGACAUGGAGAGACGGGGUUUCAUCGUCUUCAUCGUUUGCAACGCCGCUGAGGACGAGUCCAUGGUUCAGGCUAUGAAGCGACCCGAUGUUCGACCUCUGAGCAUUGAUACCACUGACCCUCCCAAUGCUGGCUCUGCCAUCGAACAUUUUGCCCACUUCCUCCAGUCACCUCAAGCUCCUGGCCCUGGAAUGAAGCCCAACCAGCUCACUCUGAAAUCCGUUAUCCUGAUCCCGAGCCUCCACUACCAGACGUCUCCUAUCGCAACAAUCCCACCAUCCAGCUUUGCCGACCUUUUCAAUACCCACCUCCUCCAGCCCAUCCUUACAAUCCAGGCUUUCCUACCACUACUCACAUCCCGCUUGAACCCCAUCGGAGAAAAAUGGAUUCCUCCCAAGGUUCUUGUCUUUACUCCCUCCAUCAUUUCCUCAAUCAACCCACCAUUUCAUGCGCCUGAGGCUACCGUUUGCUCGGCCCUGUCCGCUUUCACGGAAGUCCUCACCGCCGAACUUAGACCCCUCGAUAUUCCGGUGACCCACAUGCAGCUCGGCACGUUCGACUUCUCCAGUUUCGUCCCGACUCGUGGCGGUCCCAACCAAGGUCUCGUCACCGCAGGAAACCCCGAGUCUCCUCUCGUCUGGCCUGAGGGCGCUCGACACGUGUAUGCUCGAAACUUUGUCGCACAAACUAGCUCUGCUAUCUCCGGAGGUCGUAUCCGUGGACUGAAGGGAAGCUCGCUUCGACGCCUCCACAACUCUGUUUUCGAUGUGAUUGAUGGUUCCAUCACUGCUGAUACCGUACGAGUUGGCCUCGGCGCCAGCGUGUACGGCUUCGUCGGACGAUGGGCCCCCCGAGGCCUCGUCUCUUGGAUGAUGGGCAUCCGCCGAGUUGACGAGCUCUCCACAUGGAAGACAAGCUCCUAUGAAGGUUCAGAGAGCAGUGACGAGGAUGAUGAGAGCGAGAAGGGCGAAGGAGAAUCAAGCGAAUUUGUCGCCGUCCCAACAGAGGCUAACGUCUGGCAUGCUGACAAUGAGGGAGCUAUGUGGACUCCCCAGGCAUCUGAGACCGCUUGAGCGAUAAAGACUGAAAUUUAUGCUGGAUAUCCGAUGUAAAUUGGAUCUGCAUGACACGCAUUAUGAUGGGACAUGUAAAACGUUCGAUUUUGUUACAUAUAGACGCCGUCACGACUCCAACUCUUGAAUGAUUUUCACACUACGGUUAUUGGAAAAAUACAAAUCCAAUUGCCUUACUUUCGACCAGUAUUUUGAGGUUCACAGUUACAUGAAAUUUUGACAUGGGAAUCAUGUGGGUAUCAUCAACUGAGUAAAAGUACAACAAGUAAAUGUGUGGCUUAGUGACCUCUCCCGCGGUAACGGCCUCUUCCUCGCCAUUUUCCUCGACCACCAUGACCGCCAUGACCUCCUCUAUGUCUGCCCCCAUCAUCCCGAUCCCUAUCUCUCUGUUGAUCGCGUGACCUGUCCACCUCAUCCUGCGCAGAAUCUAUUCGAAUGUCUUCAUCUUUCUUCUCCUCUGAUUUGAGGGUUGGCUUCUCCAGAUCCUUUGACCACUUGGGGUGGGCGCCUUCUUUGCAUUCAGGUCCAUCGGGGCAGAAACCUGCCAGGUAAAACACACAGAGCUUCCUACGCACGUGCUUCUUUGAACAGUUGGGCCCGAGGGGACAGAACCCCAUAUCGUAGUGAGGGCAGGGUGGCAGCCGACUUUGGGGGUCGAUGUGAAGGUAUAGGCAUUCAUCUCCAUUCGAGCAAUACCCGUUUCGCAUGAAGAAAUUACACUCGGGCAUCUUUCGAAGGUUGUACUCGUGAAGGAACUCGCAAUGCUCGCCCUUCUUGCACAGGCCGCGCAGCCAAUGUUUACACACGAGCGAGUUAAGACCACCGCUCGGCUGCGACGUCUUGGAAUCAGAGACGUGACGUUCAGGACAUCGUGUGCCGUUUGGGCAGUGGCCCGACUGGAAGGCUUUGCAUAUUGGCCGGUCGGGAGACAGGCCGACCUGGUACGUUUGUCGAAGGAAUGGCGAGAAUCGGAAGUUGUAGGGCGUGGCAGAGUGGUUGAGGAUGGCGGAGGCAGGAGAUUCGACGGCGCCGGGCAUGAUGUGUGAGAAUGGCGCAGGCCGAUCGCCUACAGAGGAUGGAGCAGUCAAUUUAUUUCUAGUAAUAUUCUUUCAAUAUUCCGAGUCAGGUCGUUGUGGAUGCUGCUAAGUUCGCGCUGCAAUAGAUGCUCUGUUGAUGUCAAGGUCAAGAUUUAGGCCAAAGCUUUGGUCGCUAACAUUUUCCAGAGCUGCAGGUACAGUGCGGCGACCGAGGUUUGUCA